CCAAACGCUGGCAUUGAGAAAAACAUAAACAUAACCUCAAAAUGUCUGACACAAUGACUUCGUCUGAUGAGAGUGCUUUUAUAAACUCAAAAAGUGAAUAUUUAAGCGAGACUUUGGAUGGAAAUGCAUCAGAUUAUCGAAAAUUACAACAACAAAAUGAAAAUUAUCGUCAAGAGUUACACGAAUUGCAAUUAAAACUUAUCCAUACUGAUGCUAUGCAAAGGGAACUCCAAGAAGCUAAUGAAUCCUUGGAACAAUUGCUAUUAAAGGAAAAAGAGAAAGAACAAGAAAAAAUACAUAAAAUUCAAGAAAAAAACCGAGAAAAUGUAGAAGUGUAUGAAAAUCAACUUGCUGAAUUAGGAUCAGUAUUAAAUAAGAAAGAAAAAGAAAAUAAGGAAUUACAUGAAUCAUUGCACCAACUGAAAGUAAAUAAGCAACAAGAUAAAUCUUUUAAAAUCGACGAUAUCGAAGAAAAAUUAAAACCGUUGAGGGAUCAGAUCCAAGAACUUCUAUAUAAUUUAGAAGAUGAAAGACGAAAAAGAGAGGAUACUGAAGAUUAUGUUAAAGAUCUUAAAAAUCAACUUGUUGAACAUCAAGAAAUUUUCCAAGAGACCAAAAAUAAUUUGAGAGAAAAAAUUGAGGAACUAGAAACUGUUCGUGAAGAAUUAGCUAUUUGUCGCUCAGAAUUAGAAACAUUGAAAAUUGUUCCUGCUAGUGAAACAUGCAAAGGUAAUUCUUUGUUUGCUGAAGUCGAGGAUCGAUAUCUGCUGACAUUAAAUAAAGCGACUGCAAUAAAAAAAAAAUAUGAUGAUCUAAAGCGAGCAUAUGAAACAAAAUGUAAAGAGAUGAACUCUUUUAAAGUAGAAAAAGCAUCAUUAUUGAAAAAAUGGGACGAGUGUAUGAAUACAUUUUCAGAUGAUAACGAAUUAACAAAUAGAUAUAAAAAUAGAAUUCGUGAUUUAGAAAAAAGAUUAUCAGAAAUUCAAGAAGUUGAAAAAGAAACAAAUGACGAUUCGUUUAGCUACCUGGAAAAGUUACUGGCGGAAAAAAAAAAACAAAUCCAAGAAUUGAAUCAAAAAAUUGAACGAGAUUCUGUCGAUAUGCUGUUUCAAAUUGAAAUGAAAAAUAAAGUGACCAAACAAAUGCAAUAUUGGCGGUGUAGAGCGAUGUACAUGGAAACACAAUUAUCGGUUAUUCAAAGUCAGUUGGAAUUGGAAAACUCAUGUGUUUCGGAUUGUAAAUCAAUUUUUGAAUCUAUAGAACAGCAUAAAAUUAAUUAUAAAGAUAUUUUCGAUAAACAAGAAAUGAAAAAUAUGGAAAUUAAUCCAUCUGAAUUAAUGGCAUUCAAAGAUACAUCAUCAGUGAAUAAUCCCAAAUCUAUAGAUGCGUCUGAUCAAAAUCAUCUUGAUAGUGGCAGCAACAAAUUUGUAAAUACGAAAUUGGAAGGGAAUGCAAACAUAGGACAAUGCAAAACAACGGAGAAUGAUGCAACAUUAGGUCCUAAUGAAGCAACUAAUUUAAAUUUAAUCGAAAAAACACAAAAAUCUAAGAAAAACGUACAAUUUAACGAAGAUACCAAAAGUGUAUCUGACAACGAUUCGUCUUUAAAAAAGAAACUAAGUGAAGAUAAGAAGAAAAUUCGUAAACCAUAUCAGACUAUGUAUAUUUCUUCAUCUAAAUCGUCUAAAUAAUAAUAAUAAUGAAAGACUAAAAAUAAUUGCAGCGAUAGUGAAUGAAAAGUUUUACUUUCAAAAAAUAUGUAAAACUAAUCUCUUUUAUAGCUUUGUACUUUUUAAUGCUUAUUUUUAUAA